UUUUCUCUCCAAAACGUCCUGUGAGGUGAUAUCGCAGUCUGAUCUUUCUUUUUCCUCCCACAUGCUGGACAUAAAUGAGUAUUUUAGAAAGGCAGAAAUAAUCAUUUGAAGCGUUGUAUCUUUAGUCAGAAGAACGGGACGGAAUCUGACUCCUGCUGUCUGAUUCUAACCACAUACUCGCCAGUGUAACUCCACACUCCAGCAACAACAGCAGUCAUGUCGGCCCCCCAAGUUGGAAUCAAUGGUUUUGGCCGUAUUGGCCGUCUGGUUCUGAGGGCCUGCCUUAAGAAGGGCAUCAAAGUCGUGGCCAUCAACGACCCCUUCAUCGACCUGGACUACAUGGUCUAUAUGUUCCAGUACGACUCCACCCAUGGUCGUUACCAUGGCGAGGUCCUUCGUCAGAACGGCAAGCUCGUCGUUGACGGCAACCAGAUCUCCGUCUACCAGUGUAAAAACCCUGCUGAUAUCCCCUGGGGCUCCGCUGGAGCCAAAUACGUUGUGGAAUCCACCGGAGUGUUCCUGACUAACGAGAAGGCCGGCGCUCACCUUAAGGGUGGCGCUUCGCGUGUGGUGGUGUCCGCCCCCUCACCCGACGCCCCCAUGUUCGUGAUGGGAGUCAACGAGGACAAGUACGACCCCAGCAGCAUGACCAUCGUCAGCAAUGCCUCCUGCACCACCAACUGCCUGGCUCCUCUGGCCAAAGUCAUCCACGAUAACUUCGGCAUUGAGGAGGCUCUCAUGACUACAGUUCAUGCAUACACAGCCACCCAGAAGACAGUGGAUGGACCCAGCGCCAAGAAAUGGCGUGACGGCCGCAGCGCUGGCAAGAACAUCAUCCCCGCCUCCACCGGUGCCGCCAAGGCCGUGGGCAAAGUCAUCCCCGAGCUCAACGGCAAGCUGACAGGCAUGGCGUUCAGGGUGCCCGUGGCCGACGUGUCCGUGGUGGACCUGACAUGCCGCCUGUCCAAGCCUGCGUCUUACACCGAGAUCAAGAAAGCCGUGAAGGCGGCCUCAGAGGGACCCAUGAAGGGGAUCCUGGGUUACACUGAGGACCAGGUGGUGUCCUCUGACUUCAUCAGCGACACCCACUCCUCCGUCUUUGAUGCCAGCGCUGGCAUCUCCCUCAACGACAAUUUUGUCAAACUCAUUUCCUGGUAUGAUAACGAGUACGGCUACAGCAACCGUGUGGCUGACCUGCUGCUGUACAUGCACUCCAAGGAGUAGGAGCUUCCUGUCCACAGCGCUGGUCGGGAAAGGGACCCCCCCCCCCCCCCCCCCUUCUCUCUUUUAAACACAUUCCCCCACUCAUAGCCGAGUUAUAGCAUCACACGUGUUUGUAGGCAGCAGCAGCCGUGUGUUUGAGUGUUCUGAGUUCAUCUGUUCCUUUCCUUAAGCGUCGAGGCGAGUCGGCUGGUGAAAGUAUUUGUGUCCGUGUGCCCCCCUCUCCACCUCCCACUGCCACUUUAGAUGUGUCGUCAUGGCUCAGUACUAUGGUAACUACUGUAUCCAUCUCCCUGUUGGUGUGUUUCAAAGGCUAAAUCAUCGGUGGAAGGAGGAAGCUGAGAGGCAGACCUACUGUAACUCUGCUGAAGAGCAUUGAGACAAAGAAAUAAAACUUGGAAAACCUCA